AUGACUAUUGGUGACCUCUGUGAAAUGGGUUUAUCUAACAAACAUACAAAUAUCGAUCGUUUCAUAAACGAUAGAGAAAGUGAUUUAACAAAAAUUUUACAUGAAAAUAAACGUAAGUCAUAUCCACAACGGAAUAAUCGAACAAAAUUAAAUUAUCGCGAUCUCGAACGAGGCAUGUACGAACAAAUUCGCCAGUCAACGUGGAGUCUUAGUAGUUCAACAUUGAUGAAUAAAAACGAAAAAAAUCAUAGACCGAUUUAUGAUGAUGUCAUAGAUUUAACUAUUGAUGAUGAUGAUGAUGAUGACGAAAAACCAAAUGGUGAUACUGACCAAUUUCAUCGUCGUCUUUGGUGUAUAUGUAAAAUGCCAUGGGAUCAUUCAAAGCUUAUGCUACGAUGUGAUUCAUGCGCUAAUUGGUUUCAUGGAGAUUGUGUUGGAAUGACCAAAGAAGAAGCAAAAGAAUUGGAACUAGAUGGCAAUGACUUUGUAUGUUCAUCAUGUCAAGAACUACAAGAUUCAGAAUCUAUUGUGAAAUCAUCUAAUGAUUCAAUACCAAUAAAACGAAAGCAUUCCCAUAGUGGAUCAACAACAGAUAAUCUUGGUAAAAGUGAAACUAAAGUAUCAUCAGGAAAUAUUUCAAAUGGUGCGAUCAGUAAACGAUCAAAAAACGACAUCGAUUUUCAACGGACUGAUUCAUUAUCAGAAUCAAAAGUUGACUGUAUUGCAUACGGUUGUAAUAAUGCAGCAAAACCAAAUAGAAUAUUUUGUUCGUCCCCGUGCAUUAGUCGUCAUGUUAAUGAUAGACUACAGACUGUCCGACGAAGCAAAGCAAAAGAUAACGAUGAUAUACCAGCCCGAGAAGACAUUGCAUUAUAUGAUAAUAAAAGUAAAACUAUUCUUGAGAAGAGUUUAGUUCCUAGAAUUGAAGAUUUACAUACUUGGCUUAAUCAACAUCCAUCUUAUGAAAUUAUCCAAUCAUCAUCAAAGUGUUCAGUUCAAUUACGAGAAAAUCAAUCAACGAAUUUGGCAAGCUCGUUAACAUCGGUUGUUAGUACAGCGAAAUCCAAACCUUUAUCGAAGCCAAUUACCACAAAUCAACAAAAUGAUACAAAACCAAAUCAACAUAAGAAGAUUUCAACACAAAACCAAAAAACAAUAAAUAAUACAACAACAGAUAUAAGAUCAAAAGUUCCAUCAACUUUAUACGAUAAAAUUCUAAUGAGAUUAGAAAAAAAUGGCGAAGAUAAUUUCACCAAAGGUGAUAUAAGAUUAAUAGCAAAUCAAAUCGAAAAAGAAAUGUUUCAUGUUUAUGGUAAAGUGGAUAAUACAUACAAAAACAAAUUUCGUUCAUUAAUUGCUAAUAUUAGUAAUAUGAAUAAUAAUUUUUUUUAUAAACAAAUUCUGUCAAAGGAAAUAACAGCGAAACAAAUUGUGGCAAUGAAACCAGAAGAUAUGUUACCACCGGAAGAGAAAGAAAAACGUAAAGAUCAAUUUGAAAAAGAAGUUCAAUCGAUUAUGCUUGCUGAGCAACUACUAGCUGAAGAAAGGGCAAGACGUGCAAGAAUCAAAAUUCACAGACAAGAUUUUAUUGAUAAUGAUGCAGCUUUACCAAUUCAUAUAUCGACAGAAACAAGUUCAUGGGAGAAAAAAAUUGAUAAAAGUAAAGACAAUUUAUCAAUCAAUAUUACUAAAAACCCAACACAGAGUAAUUCAACAACAAAUGAAUCAUCUAUUGAGAACACAAAUUUACAACCAAUCUUCAAUGCAGCUCAUGUCGAGCAAACUAUUUCGAAACUUGCAUCAAAUAGUCAAACAUCGUCAUCUACUCUUACUGAAAAUCCACCGUCUACAUCUUUAACGAAAAAAAUCAACAAUUCUGAUGAAUCUUCAAAAUCAUUAACUCCAAUCACUACUAUUCGUGAACAAUCAAAUACUGUUCUUUCAACUAUGGAUCUUGACAAUGAUUAUAUUGAACCGGAAAGUCCAACAGGUGUUGAUGCAUUGAUUUAUGAUGAUGAAGAAGUCGAAGAAGAUGACAACAACAUAAGUGUUACUUCGAUUUCAUCUACAAGUCAUUCACCGAAUGACUUUAGUGAAUUUAUGAUUUCUUCUACAUCGACUACUCGUGAUGAUUAUAAUCCAUCGAAAAUUCAAGAUGAACCACAACCGAAAUAUCAACUAACACCAGUUGUUCGUUCAACAAACAAAUGGCAUGGAACAAUUUAUCCGUCUGAUAUGAAAAUCGCAUGUCAAUCUGUUCAUGUAUAUGGCGAAAAUGAUUAUCUAAUAGAAAAUAUUCCUAAACAUCUUAUCGUACUUGGAAGACUUCGAUUACAUGAUCUUUGGGAUUUUAUUCGUAAUUCACUCACUGUUCGUGAUAUACUUAUAUUGACACUUGUUUCAUCGUCAUUGAAUACGAACGAUAAUGAUUCGUUUUUAAAAUAUGUUGAUGCAUUAGAUUCCACAAAACGAGCUGCUGUCAUUAGUAAAUGUAGUGGUUCAUCUUCGAUUCGUGAUAUGUAUAUUUUAGCAGCUGAUACAAAAGAUUGUCCGCCCGAUGUAUUAUCUUCACUUUCCGUACCGAAAAAAUUUGAAUCCAAACAACUAUUUCUUGUUAUUGUUGGAUCAAAUAGAAAAACAAUGAAAUCAUCCAGUUGUUCGAACGAAAAUCGAUCAGUAAAUAAUUUAGUAUACAAUCCCAUCCCAUUACAAGAUUCAACGACAAUACGAGAUCCUCGAUUAUUAAAAGCAAAGGAUACACGGCUAAAUAACGAUAGUACAACAGAUACCGAUGAUAUUAUUUUUAUAUCACAAACAAGCGGUAUUCAACAAACGUCUAUUCAAUCUUCACAAGAUGAUUUACUUAAGCUAAUAUUCGAUUCUCUCGAAUGUAUUCGUCAUGCUGUUAAAUCUGAUGAUAUUCAUCCAAUAGUGACGUCUACUAUGGAAAUAUUAACAACAAACAAUCGUGACGAUUUGUGCACACAAUUUACUGAUCGUCUUCGUGUUGUUAUGAAUGCAUGGAAAGCUAAACAAGAAAAUUCUUCGGUAAUAGCUGAUGAUAAUUUAAUAGAAGAAAACAUGGAUGUUGAUAAUGACAAUGAUGCUACUCAGGAUGAUAAAGCUAAAAAACCUAUUAUCACAAGUAGUACUUCUAAAUCUUUAAAAAGAUCGCGGGAUUUUGAUUAUCGUUUUACUAAUCAAGAUAAGAAUCCGCGUACGCCAAUAACAAUAACAGCCGAAAAUGAUGGUCAUCGUAGAAAACGACGAAAAUCACGUUUCUCUGAUCGAUUGCCGACAGAUGAUGAUGAUGAUGAUCAUCAAAGUAAUAAAGCUACAUUGAAUUUUCAAAAUGACAUCAUUUUUUUGAAAGAAAUUGGCAAAAACCCAUCUUCGAUAAAUACUCAAAUAGCAUCAGAUAAAUUAACAGAUAAACAUACUAAUUCAUCAUUGAACAGCAAAGUUCAACUAAUCGUCAAUUCAUCGGAAUCAUUUCUAGCAUCAACGAAUACUAAAGAUAAAUUAAUAUCAAAGCCGAUCCGUUUUUCAUUUUCUAAAGAUCCAUUUCAACGACAGAAACCAAAUAGUUCUUCGACAGCGACAUCAUCAACGAAUAAUGAGGAUAUCUAUGAAAGUUCACCUAAAUUUAUUGAAGAUUUAAUGAGAAAAGUUCAAUCCUACGGUUAUAAAGGUUUAUCAUUGUCAAAUGAUAAUUGGACAAAGAAAACAUUGCCAAUUACACCAAUACGUUCUACAGCCAUGUUAAAUCUUGUUACACAACAACAGAAAACAAAACAUAGACUUUCAUCUAGUACCAAUGAGUGGAGAUCAAGUAAUCAUAAGUAUGUGACACAUUAUCAUGAUUUUGAUCAACCACAAGAAUGA